AUGGGGAACAAAAAGAAAUCAGUGGGAGGCAAAAUUAAUUUUCUUGAACUUUUAACUUUCAUCCAAUUUUUAACUCAUAAACUAACUUUAACACCACCAAAACCUCACCUUUUUGUGACCUCAAAUUUACAAGCAUCUAUUUGGAACUGACCUUCUAAAUCUCGUAUUACUGAAAUAUCUAAAGCCAUCUGAAUGAAUAUGAUUAAGAAGUUUAAAAUAUUUAUUUUUUUUGCUCUACCUACUAUGUUAAUAGUUAAAGGUAUAUAUAUUUGUUAUGAUCAGGAGAUAUGAACUCUGGUAUUUUUUACUCAAAAUUUGGUAAAAAAUUUCCCUUUUUUUGGCUUAAGAUUAUUUAAUAUGAUUUGAGUAGAGUCCAAUUUAGGAGUAGAAGCGUCCAAUUUAGGAGUAGAAGCUCCUAAAGCUUCUUCAAUAUUUUUAGAUCUUCAUCUUUGAACCUUGAUGUACCUAUUUGGUAGUUUAGCUAGAAUUUUUGGAGAACUAUAUUAUAGUGAUUUUGAAUUACCUGCGGGUGUAGGUGGUGAGUCUUGUGAAAAAAAAACACCAUCUCCACGUGGACCUUUAACUUUAUAUAAAAAAGGUUCAGACUCAGGUGCAUCAGGAGGUUCAGAUUCACCUCCAUCUGCAAAAGGAAAUUCAGGUGCAAGCUCAGGUCCUAAUCAAGACCGAUUAGCACCAGAAACAGAUUCAGAGGAUGAAACAACACAAACAGAUCAAGGUCCUAGAUCCCGAGGUUAUCGUAAAACAAGAACACGCUCAAUGGUGCGUAGGCGUUGAAUACGAGAUAAACCAGACUGAGUAGAAGGUUUAUGAACAAGGUCUUCCACUGAAGGAGUGGAAAACUUAGAUGCUACUAAGGCAAGUCAAACUAAGUCAGCUGCAGAAAACUUAGAUGCUAUUAAGGCAAGUCAAACACCUAAGUCAGCUGCAGAAAACUUAGAUGCUGCUGCUAUUAAGGCAAGUCAAACACCUAAGUCAGCUGCAGAAAACUUAGAUGCUGCUAAGGGAAGUAAAAGUAAAAGUAAGUCAGCUGUAAAAAAAGCUGCCAAAGCUGCCAAAAAAUUAGCUGCCGAAAACUUAGAUGCUAUUAAGGCAAGUCAAACACCUAAGUCAGCUGCAGAAAACUUAGAUGCUGCUGCUAUUAAGGCAAGUCAAACACCUAAGUCAGCUGCAGAAAACUUAGAUGCUGCUAAGGGAAGUCAAACUAAGUCAGCUCCAAAAAACUUAGCUCCUAUUACGGGAAGUCAAGCACCUAAGGUUAAAGCUGCUUUGGCUGAGUUUUUGGGAAUAGAAACUUCUCAAUUGCAGACGACUGCAGUAGUUAGAGAACUAGCCACUAAGUUGGAAGAUGAUCUUCCAGGAUCUCUUGAUUUUGCUGAUCAGGAGAAUGGAAACAAAAUCAUUUCGAUGCUAAAACUUCGUGAAUUCGCUCUACAGGAAAACAAUAGAUAUAGAUCUACGAUUUAUAAAUCUUUAGGUCAGUUUAUGGAUCCGGAAAGCCAUAAAAAUUUAAAGGAGAUCCUAGAUAAACUCGAGGAAUCCAAGAAUUUACUUAUGACAGAAGGUCAAAAACAUAAAAAUACAUUUGACAGAAAUAGUCAGCAAAAUACUGCUUAUAAUUUUAAAGGUGAUAUGAAAAAAUAUCUCGAGCUUCAAAAUAAAGUUCAACAUAGUCAAAUGAAAAACUUUAAAUUAGCGGAAUCUAUUAUACAGAAAAAUAUCCAGCGUGAGUAUAAAUGUAAAGAACUUAAAGAUUUCCUCCACCAAGAAUUUCCAACUUCUUGUAGAGAUUUCAAUGACCAAGAAAUGAAAUUAAAGAAAUACUUUCUAAAUGCAUUUAAUCAGGCUAAAACUAAAAAUUAG